CAUUUGUUUGUGUGAUUAUAUUCAUCCCUUGUAUAUGAUUAGACUGACAUGCCUUAUUGAUAUCAUUAGAAAACAAUGCUGAGCGCCAUCUGAUGGCAGUGGGAGUGUGUGAUAGCUGGAGAUUAGGACUUGGCUAUGAUGUAAGAGGACUUGAUUGCUCCGUCUUGGAUAUACAGGAAUGGAGUCCCGCUAGGGGUUCUGGGAUAGGUAGUUGUUCUCACAUGCACACAAUUUGUGAGAGAGCUACUUUCAGUAGUUUUGAUGGAUGAGACGCUUACUUAGUGAUUUACUGUGAUAUUUGUGAACAACUUGUGAGAUCAAUACCUUUCCACUCUACCUGUUUACAUCUUCUGUUCCAGGGGAGGUUAACGAGUGGAGAUGAGUGAUACAGAAGAGGAAGUACAGGUGGUUCGGAGGAGGCAGAACGGACCCCCUGUGGAGCAGCUGCACCUACUGACUGUGCCAGGAGAUGAUGCCCCUCGGCCUGGGAGACUUGAUGGACCUGGGUUAAGGCACAGUGUCUACUCCAUUUCUGGGAUCCCAGAUGGAGAAGAUGUCAGCUUACUGCAUACUAAAUUUGAGGCAGUCCCUGUGAAAGACUUCUCCGCUGAGGUCCGGGCAUCUCUGGACGUGGAAAGUUACCUGAAGGAUGCCACACUCAUGCUGGACCUCCAUGAAACUGGGAUGCAGGAAAUUGUCAACAUCAUGCUCAACCGCUUCAUCAAGAACCAGGACAACCCAGAGUUUGACAUUGCAGAGGCUAAAGCAUCCCUGUAUACAGCUGAUUCAGGUCUUCUGUUGUCCAAGACAAUCCAAGGAACCGUUGCUAACAGUGAGAUGGGUGGGGUGGACUUUGACCAGUCGUGGCUGUGUAUGAUGUGUGAUGUGACAUCCAUAGCCAAACGGAAGGUUGUGAUUGCACGCCUCCACACACCGGCCAAUCUGGGGGCCAACUGCCAGGAGGUCACCUUCAUCGUCCUCAUCCUCACACCCACCAGAGAGAAAACCACCAAAAAUUACUUGGAGACUGGUCGGACAUUUGCGACAUUGUUCAUGGACCUGGAGUUCCGUCACUCGCUGCUUAGCAUUACUGAUGAGGAUGAGUUUAUCCGCCUCCUACAAGCCAGAACGAAACAACUUGUGUUGGAGCAGGGCCACCCAGAACACAGGAAGUCUCUGCCUAACGUGUCCGUCUUUGAUGUUGAUGGGGAGUCCAAAGCCCGAUGUCCCAUUGGGCAAGGGCUUCUGGGAGAUCUCAAAAGGAGGCUGCCUCAUUACUGGUCGGACUACAAAGAUGGUAUCAUAGGUCACAAGACCCCCCACAAAGUGUUGGCCACGACUCUGUUCCUCUACUUUGCCUGUGUGCUGCCCAACAUCGCCUUUGGUAUGCUCAACAGUGACAACACUCAUGGUGCUAUAGGUGUCAAGAAGAUCCUGUUUUCCCAAUGUUUUGGUGGUGUGGUGUUUGCCGUGCUUGGGGGGCAGCCGCUCAUUGUCCUCCUGACUACAGCUCCCCUUGCCCUCUACACCAAAAUUAUUUACAGUAUCUGUGAGGACUUUGACUUGGACUUCCAUGCAAUGUUUGCGGCCACUGGUCUAUGGAAUGCUUUCUUCCUCCUUCUGUACGCCUUCCUCAACACCAGCAAAAUGAUGCGCUGGUCAUCAAGGUCGACAGAGGAAAUAUUUUCUGUCUUCAUCACAUUUGCAUUCUCAGCAGAUGCUAUCAAAGAUACAAUUAAAGAUUUUGAUUCCAACUACCAUGCAGAAGCUUGUAAAGUGAAACCGAAUACCACAAACCUGUAUAAUACUACUAACGUGCCAACUGUGAUAACUACGCCUACUACUGUCCUGACAACUGUUGUUAGUAAUUUAACCAGUAAUAUCAACAGCAGUAUCAGCGAUGUGCACAAGGAGCAUGCUUGUCUGAGGGAAAAUAGUGUAUUAUUUUUGCUGCUAAUGCUUGGUACUGUCUGGUGUGGCCUUACUCUUCUCAACUUCACAAAAACGCCGUUCCUCAACGCCAACCGGCGGGAGAUUCUAGCAGACUAUGCUCUCCCAAUCUCAGUGCUGCUGAUGACCUUCUUUGGCUCCUAUGUCUUCUCAGAGGUCAACUUGGAACCCUUUGAGUAUAACCCGUCUGAGCAAAUGUUUGAGCUGGCCCACAUAGAGAGUCUCCCGGUGGGAGCCAUCUUUGCAGCAGCAGGUCUGGGCUUCAGCCUGUCACUUCUUUUCUUCAUGGACCAGAACAUUUCCAGCGCCCUUGUCAACACACCCAACAACAAGUUGAAGAAGGGUGCUGCCUACCACUGGGAUCUGUUUGUGGUGGCCAUCAUCAACGCCUUCCUCUCCGUCUUCACCCUCCCCUGGGUGCACGCUGCCCUGCCCCACUCCCCUCUCCAUGUGCGUGCCCUUGCUGAUGUGGAGGAGAGGGUUGAACAGGGACACAUUGCUCAGACUGUUGUCCAUGUGCGUGAGACGCGACUUACUGGGAUUAUAUCCCACGUCAUGAUUGGUCUCUCGGUGUUGAUGCUGCCACUUCCCUUGUCAUAUAUUCCACGAGCCGUUCUGGAUGGCCUCUUCCUGUUUGUGGCCAUCUCUGCUCUCUAUGGCAACCAGUUCUAUGAGAGGAUUCAGCUGCUGUUUACAGAACAGGCGGCGUACCCCCCGAACCACUACAUCCGCCGUGUUCCCCAGCGCAAGAUCCACACCUUCACAGGCAUCCAGCUCAUCCAGCUCUUCAUCCUGUGUGUGUUCGGCUUCUCCCCCAUAGCUUACAUGAAGAUGAUCUUCCCCAUACUUCUCAUGUUCCUCAUGCCUAUCAGACAUAAACUGGUUCCACAUGUCAUUGAAUCGAGAUUCCUGAAGGCCUUGGAUGGACACUGAGCAGAGCAGACUCCAGCAACAUGGCAUAAUUCAGAUAUACACUGACAGUGUAGAAAUCUAGCAACAUGGCAUUAUUCUGAUAUAUCCUGGCAGUCUGUGUUAACAUACAGGCUUGAUGCUGGUUGGCUGUGGUUGACUGUAUUUGACUGUGGUUGGCUGUGAACAUGUCAGGCAGAUGUAGAUACAUAUCAUAUGCAUGUAAGCAAGAGUGGAUGUGUGUCUCAACUGUGUAGGAAGGUCUUGACAAUUUUAUUUCAAGCCUUUGAUGCAAAGUGAGCCCAGGCUGGUGUAUCUUGUUGGUCAAUGGCUGACAGACCGCUCGUAAAACACUUACUCUUGAGACACAAGUUUCAUAGAUCGUCUUGUAAAAGUAGGUGUUUAUUCAAGGAUAACUUUAGUAAGGUUUCUAUUUAUUUUCCUUUGUGACAUUUAGAUUGAUAAUAUGGAGAAGCUAUGAACAUGUAUAUUAUUGCCAGAAGAGUACAGUUUCAUGUCACCCCACGAAUACUUCACCCAAUGCAUGCGAGUACAGCAGUGUACACUGUUUUAAGUCAUCCCACUAACAUUUGUGUGCUGUGUGCACAGCAGAGUAUACACUGUUUCAAGUCACCCCAUACUGUUUCAAGACAUGUUUCAGCCCACCAGAACAUUGGGUGCAGGUGUACCACAAAACGGUGUUAGUUCAUGCCCAAUGAAAUGUAUUUACUAUAAGUAAAUUCAAAGUAACACAAUCCUGUGAUAGAGAAUUGAACCUUUGAACUGAUGAAUCGGACCCAAGUGGAGUGCACCAGUACUUGAGGAAGUAAACAAAUGUAAAGGUAACAAUCACAGUCAAAAGAAAAGUUUCUGUAGUAAAUAAUCCUUCAGUUAAUUUUGUCUUCAUUUAUACUGUAACUGCCGAAUUCCAGUCACAGAUCAGUGGAUGAGACUGGAAGAGGCAGUGCAUCCAACAGUCAGUUUGUUGUGGUUGAAACACCGUUCUGCUCAGGUAUUGUAACCCAUGAUACAUCAUGUUGAGCCAGAGAUCAAAACGAGCAUGUUAGAAAUCUGGACAAUGUACAGGACAUUUCUCAUUGGCGUUAAUGGUAUAUGGUUUGCUCAGCUCACCUGUGAUUCAGCACCUGUGAUCAUUUAUACUCAUGUUUCUUCAGGAUUUGUUUGCAAAAUUAUUCUAUCUUAGUAGCAUUUAGUAUUGUUUUCCAGAACAAAAAGUUUGCAGCCUGCUUAUUGUGUUUGUUGUAUCAGUAUGAAAUGUGUUUGGUGCAAGGCCUGUUCUAAGGAGGCUGUAACAGAUACCUGCUUCCACACAGGGAGAUGCACGUCCCAUUUCUAAGGUUAUAUAAUAGACACCUGCUUUAAGCCAAUCAGGUGUUUGAAGAAGGAUAUGAUUAUAUCUCCCUCUGUUUCAUCCUGGAAAAACAUGUCAGCAGAGACUUUCAGGACCUUCUGUGUAAUCACAUUACACAUUUCCAGUCAGCCUUAGUUGUGCCGAGGGCAUGCUACAUUAUACACAACAUUGUCACAUCUCCAGCUGGUUCCAUUACUGAGUGCAUGAGGUGAAUUCUCCUCCAGUGAAUGAUUUCACAGUUAUCUCACGUCAGUCAAACGGGUGAAUGUGGUAUUUGUCAUGAAUGAUUGCAAAUCAGCUAAAUGUGAAUAAUGCUGACAAGAUCAGGUUGGUUCUACUCACGUCUGCUGCAAAACCUUCUCAACAGUGUGGAGGUGACAGACAGUUGAGGAGAGUUCAAGGUCAGGGAAUUUUAAGGGAAAUAUGUUGAUGUGUUCAGAAAAGACUUUAUAUUGUUUCAUGCAGUUCUUAGUGAGUUAAGAUUUAUAGUCACAUCGGCAAUCUUUCAGCCAUAUUGUGGCAGUUCUUAGUACUAAUCUGUUGAUACAAACAAUUUUUGCUGUUAUGCAUAUUCAUCUUAUACAAAUUUCAUGACCUUUGAAGCAAACUGAUUUCAUUGUUUAAAGGUGAUCUGUUAGAAGGCUAUACCCCAAAUCCAUGAGUUAUGGUUAAGUUUGUCCUCAACAUCUUCCAGGAAAUCCAAGUGACCGGAGAACUUCGUGACCCUGAUAGGGUGUUAUCAGGUUGUGGAACAGAGGUACUCAGUCCAGUCCGCAGACCAUGUACAUCACUGCCUCAAUACACUGGUAGCACCAGUAAACACAUACUAACCUAGACUAACAUGCAGCAAUCCUGACAGGUGUAUAUCUGCCUGAUGACAGGGCUAGAAUGUUAUAUAUUGUAUUUAGACAACACACCAGCUGUGUGCUACAUUAUACGUCACUUUUAACAACUUCAUUAUCACAUCUUAUAUGCUUGAACAAUAAAAGCUACUAUUUUCA